UCGUUUCAUUUUAGUUGCCAACAUCUGCGAGAUCAGUCUUAUUUGGGUUCUGCGUCAAUAAGUUCUAUAAAAUGUGGAUCACUUCCUUACUUAGUUUGUUUGUGGUUUUCAACUGCGCCCUAGCCCUAAACAUACCGCAUCCGAACUGCGAUAAAUACUUUAGGUACCAAUCGUUAGAUAAUGGUAAUUUUAUAGGCAUUUUCACGGCAAACACGGAAAAUGUAAGGGAACUUUACUGGGAGGCAAAGUUUUCGUCCAUCGGCAGUACCCCGGACCAAAUCGGGGAUAUCAAUCCAUAUCCCUCCACAGAAGGUUACCUUGAUAGUGUGCGAAAUGGAAAAGACGUACAGGUGUACGUAACAUUCAAUAAAAUCAAAAAUGAGCUACCCCUGUUGAUUCACUUUUCGCUCAAUGGAGAGACUCUGUGCAGCAACCACAGAUAUGCAGCACCCUCAACUACCGUGCGCGUAGCUCGAAGGAUAUCCGUCUUAUUGGAAGAGAGGGUCAUGCCCCCGGAUUCAGCUUAUAACCAUCGCUAUCCAGAGUCCGAUCCUAAUUAUUAUUAUGUUUGAGAUAAAAUAUCACAAACAUAUUUUCGAAAUACAAAAAAAACUUAUCUAAUAUUCUUUUUAGCUCCAAAAUAAAAAAGGGAGAAAGUAAACGUAAAAACAAAACUAAAU